AUGACGCCCCCACCAUUACUCUUCCACGCCCUCCUCCGCCCCGCGGUUCUCCAGAUCCUCCGCGCGACAGGCUACCACGCGGCGCGUCCGGUCGUCCUCGACGCCGUGACGGAGCUGGCAGCGCGGUACAUGCUGGCCCUGUGCCAGGCGACAGCGCGGCACGCGUCGGAUAACAACCAGGAAGGCGAUGCGCCGGGGAUCGUGGACGUGCGCAUGGCGCUGCAGGAGCUGGGCGCCGUGCCACCGGACGAUGUGAGCGCCGAGGGACGGGGCGCGAUACUGGGAGAGAUCCUCGACGACGUCAUGGAGGCGAACGGCGUCGCGGGUGCGCCUGCAGAGAACGGCGACGACGUCGCGAUGGCGAAUGCGGGGACGGUCGUGGAGAGGGAGCGCGAGAGGGAGGUGGUGGUGGAGGAUGUCCGCGGCGUGGAGGAGUUUAUCAGGUGGUUUUCUGGACCGAGGAACAAGGCCAUCCGCGAGGCGGCAGUGGGCGACGGGGAGCUUGAGCUCGGGGAUUACCUGAAUGUCCUGAAGAAGAAGCACAGCAAGACCGGCGAAGACUCAAAGUACCUCGGCACGAUCAUCGGUAAGGGCAACGACGUGGGCGAGGUGCAAGUCGAGGGUGGCGACCUACCCAGCAUCCACACGUGGCGGGCCAAGAUGCGCGGACCCUCACCGGCGAGCGCUCUGUCGGCGACAUCACCGAACAUCAAGGAGGAGUCGAGGCCGCCGAGCUCCGGGCUGAGUUCUGUGGGCGACAGGCUGGGCGACGAUCGGGACAGCAUGGAUUUGUCAUAG